GCAAGCAAGCAGCAGCAGCAGCGCACUGGCGAAGAACGAAGUGGAGAACAAAAAUUUCGGUACUGUGUGUAGUUUCUCAUCAUCCGCAGACAAAUCCUUUUUUCCUGACGGAAAAUCCAACCGAAAAACAUCUCAACGCAGCGGUAAACGUUGACAGAACUGCGGCGCAAUAAGUUCCAACCCCGGCGAGGCCAAUUGUGUGGCGAAUUUCGCACGUUAUUCCGAUUCAAUUUGUCGUUUAGCGCGAGUGCGGCGGCGGAAGAAAAAAAAACGAGUGCUGUGUACUGUUCGCAAAACCAUCCUGUCGAGCGUGAGACAAAUCGACCAGCAGCAGUGAAGCAGACGAAGAAGGCGGCGCACCGUCCCGGUUUCAUUGUGGUGACAAAUAGGAAGUGAAAAGGGUUUCCGUAGCAAUCGCAAGCCAGCCAGCCGGACAAGUUCUUUCCAUCAAACGGCGCAGUAACUACACUCCUUAACAGGCUGUCCUUGGGAAAUGGUAAUGGAAGCACAACCAUCGCCGCAAAGCGUUGGCCGCGAAUUCGUGCGCCAAUAUUACACCUUGCUGAAUAAGGCACCGGAUCAUCUGCACCGUUUCUACAACAAUUCAUCCAGCUUCGUCCAUGGUGGGCUGGACUCGAAGAACCAGGAGGCGACGCUCGUCAUCGGCCAGGUUCAAAUUCAUAACAAGAUUCAGCAAAUGAACUUCCGCGAUUGUCAUGCCAAGAUCAGCCAGGUGGACUCGCAGGCGACCCUUGGCAACGGCGUGGUGGUGCAGGUGACGGGUGAGCUGUCCAACGAUGGCCAACCGAUGCGUCGCUUCACCCAGACGUUCGUGCUGGCUGCUCAAUCGCCGAAGAAGUACUACGUCCAUAAUGACAUCUUCCGCUACCAGGACGUGUACUCCGAUGACGAGUUGGAUGAGAAUGAACGUUCCGGCGGCGAGGACGAUGCUGACGCUGACAACACCGCUACCGUGGAUAACCCGAACAUCCCUGCCAACGUGGUUACUCCCAGUGGAACCGCUCCCAUUCUUGGUCACCAACCGCAGCAACCGGCACCUCAACAACAGCAGCAGCAACAACAGCAGCAACAGCUGUACUACCCGCCAGGGGUCGUCAGCGCUCCUGCUGGUCUGAUUCCGAACUACGGCCAACCGCAACAACCCCAACAGCAACCCCAGCAACAGCUCAACGGAGUUCACGAUGAUCUGCUGAAGCCCGUUCCUCCCCAAACCGCUAGCCACAUGCUGCAAUCCUCCUCCGGUCAUCCCUCGGUUGGGCAAACCGUGCCGCUUCAGCCCAAUGCAAUCUUGCAGCAAGUUCCCGGCUUGACGAACGCCAUUCCAACGGUCGAUUCAAUUCAGCAUCUUUCCCAACAACAACAACAGCAGCAACAUGUUCAACAAACUCCCCAGCAAUACCAACCGCAACCCGUUCCACAACAAUUGCCCACCCAGACAGCGCCCCAACAGCAGCAGCAGCAGCAGCAGCAACCGUCAGCUACGCAGGUACAACUGUCGGAUCCGGAACCAAGCCUGUCGAUGAGCGAACUGGACACCGUUUUGCCCUCUGUAAACGAUCCAACACCGGCGGAAGCAAGUGACUCCCACGACCAUCACCAUCAUCACGGUGGACACGGUUCUUCCGAUCUGUCUGACCCGCAUCAGUCCACGGUACAGCCCCUACAACAGCAGCAGCAGCUUUCGAACGAACCUAAAACGUACGCUAAUUUGGUGAAAUCCGGCGGGGCCGGUGUUGGAACAGGACCGCUCAGCUUCGCUUCAAUCUCCUCUCAUCACCAGCAGCAGCAGCAGACAACGUCUACGCAGCAGCCACCUAAACUAGGAGGAAGCUAUAUGGGAUCCUCAGUUGGCCGCCAGACUGUCAUGUCUCCUCCGCCAUCCUCUGGACUGCAAAGUUCUAUCACCAGCGGUGGCCCUGGAGGUGGUGGUUCCGGUGCAGGCAGCAACCUUGGCGGACUUGGCGUCAAUAAAUACGACCGUCAAUCCCAGCAGCAGCAGCAACAACAACAGCAGCAAGAUUUGGGGGGUGGCCAGAAUGCGCCGAUGCCGCAACGCGUUUCAAACCAGCAGCGACCAAUUCGCAGCAAUGGAGGACCACCGUCCAGCAGUGGACCGAACUCCUUCAAACCCCAGCAGGAUGGUCGCCCGAGCUAUCAGCGCAGCUACAACAACGAUAAUGAAGAUCGUCGUCAGAACAGCAGCGCUCAGUUUGGUGACAACCAUCAGCUUUUCCUGGGCAACAUUCCACACCACGCAACCGAGGAGGAGCUGAAGACGCUGUUCAGCAGGUACGGCACCGUCAUUGAUCUACGCAUUCACUCAAAGGCGGGCCAGAAAAUGCCGGGCGUGCGGGCUCCCCCGAAUUACGGUUUCCUAACCUACGAAGAUCCUGCUUCGGUGCAAAAUUGUCUGUCUAAUAUGCCGUUGUACUUCCCGGAGAAUUCGCCCGAUGGUCAGAAGUUGAACGUGGAGGAGAAGAAGACGCGAAUGCGCGGCCCAGGUGAGACGGGCGGUCGUAUCGGAAGCAACGGAAACGGAGGCAGCGGUGGUCCCCGGGGCGGUCCGGGUGGUCCCGGUAGCCAGCAACGGGGUGGUCCCGGUGGCCCACCGGGCAGCAACAUGAACCGCGGCGGAUCUGGUCAGCGCGGUUUGGGCGGCGGUGUCGGUGGAGGCAGCGGACGCGGCGGAUAUCAGCGCUCCGACAGGGGUAGCGUGUCCGGAGGUGGUGGUGGCGGUGGCGGCCGGUCCGGAAAUGGAAACUACCAUCAGUUGAACCGCUAAACUUAGCAGCUUUUUCGGUAGAAGAGCUCACAGAAACCACACAUACACACUUAGCCAGAUACACACACACACACAAACGGAUACAUUAAGGAUGAUCUAUGCGUCGGAAGCCGACAGCAGCAGUACUAUUCAAUGUGUGAAUACAAAACUUUAUCGCGGAGAGCAGGCGGAGGAACGCGAAAAAUUUACACUGUAUAAUUAACAGGAAACGACUUAAGCAGAGCAUAGAUGGAAAAAUCAACCAAUUUAAUCAAUGUGACAUUAACUUAGAGCAAACAAAUAAAGUAAUCGUUUUAGAACAUCGCGUGACGCAUUUCAUAACCGGUUUGGAACGAAACUCAAACACAAUAAUUUCUACUUAGAAACAAAGUAAACAAAAAGAAAAAAAAAUAUGCCAGAAAAAAAAAGAGACAAAUGAACGUGUGACUUAGUAUGUACACUACUAGGCAAUAUUUAGCACUUUUUGAAAAAAAGCAAGCGCUGAUACCAGAUAGAUUCUUUGAAAUUAAUAAGAGAGAAAAACUGCUUUAAAAGAAAAUACGAAAAUUAACUAUGAGAAAACUACCAUUUACUUCAUGUAAUCGUAUUUUAUUUAAGGUACAUCAUAGUGAAACAGUUAAACAUAUUCCAAAUCAGAAAAAAGGAACAAUAUUUGUAAACCUUUACUCUACCCGAACGGCUUAACCGUGGGUUGGAUAAAUAAUCGAAAAAGAUGCGACACAGCCGAGAAAAAAAAUCACACACAUACAAACAUUUACACAAACACACAGCUGAAGCAGUUCCAGUCUGUAUUUGCCAAAUACACUAUAAAACUCUCUCUUAAAAAACUCCUUAAUCCAUUUAAUUUAGCCUUGAUUGCCUGUUUAUUACCUUCUCGCUCUAACCACAAAGACACACACACACACACACACCAAACACACACACCAAACACACAAUUAGACUGUGUUCUUUUUCUCUGCAAACAAUGCAAUCCAACCAACAUAAUCAAGCGCCCUGGCGGUCGGUGCUUUACUGUUAAGGAUCUCCACACUUUACCGCGUCAACAGUCCUACCACUUCCGAUCCCCCCUUAAAAUUCUUCCCUCCCAUUGAAUUCCAUUUUCAUUUCAUGUUGUGAACUUACAACCGUGUCAAGACAAAACAAACAGGCAAAAGAAAAACUAAAUAAAAAAAAAACAAACAAAACGACAAAAAGGAAGAAAACAAAAGAAACAGAAACUAGAUGUUUUCUUUUAAUUAGUCCCUUAUCUGUGUUUUAUAUAAUACCUAUGCUUAGUAACAACGCUUGUUAGGAUGGGCGUGAAAACAGUAACAGUAAAAAAGAA